UUUUAUACAAGUUUAUCAACCUGUUAGCAUUAGCAUCUUAGGAGUAGCCUGCUGGACGUCAUCAACAAACCAGUUUAGCAAAAAAGAAAAAGAAAAAAACUGAACAUGCUUGCUUCGCUGGUUCCAGAACUUAUUGUCAGAACUUGGAGCCGUCACAUUUAAGCCUUAACGUCUCCAGCUUUGCUCUGCCGUGUCCGCUGAGCCCAGAACAAGAUGGUGCUGAAGAUGCCGAAGAAGCUGCUGAAAACUGCCCACUACAUAGAGCUAGGCAGCUACCAGCACUGGCCGGUGCUGCUGCCGCACAGGAUUCGGUUGUACACCUACGAACAAAUCCCCCUGUUCCUCAAAGAAAACCCCUACAUCACAGACGGCUACAGGGCACACCUGACCUCCAAGCUCUGUCUGAAGAGUAUAUUUAUUCUAUCCAAUGAGACUGUGAAUAUCUGGAGCCACCUUCUGGGUUUUCUCCUUUUUUUUUCUCUUGGGGUCAAUGACCUCUCCUCAGUACUACCGGCCGCUGGAGCAAACAGAGAAGACUACGUCAUCUAUGUGAUAGGACUCUUCUGCUUCCAGGUCUGCAUGCUGUGUUCGGUGGGUUACCACCUGUUCUCAUGCCACCGUUUGGAAAAGACGUGCCGCCGCUGGCUGGCGCUGGACUACGCCGGCAUUUCCAUCGGGAUCCUGGGCUGCUACGUUCCUGGGAUCUUCUAUGCUUUCUACUGUAAUGCUUUUUGGCGACAGGUCUAUCUGCUGACGGUGCUCUCCUUGAUCCUGGCCAUCUUCUGCGCUCAGGUUCACCCUCGUUACCUCAGCAACGACUGGAAAAUGAUCAGGAUGUCAAUCUUCUGCUGCGUGGCGGGCGUCGGUGUGAUUCCUGCCUGCCACUGGAUCUGGCUGAGUGAAGGGUUCGCUUCUGAGAUUGUGCAGCUGUUUCUGCCUCGUGUGAUUGUAAUGUACCUGAUAGCUGGAUCUGCAUUCCUGUUCUACGCCACCAAAAUUCCAGAGCGAUAUUUUCCUGGUCAGGUGAACUACAUCGGCGCCAGCCACCAGCUGUGGCAUGUACUGGUGGUGGUGAUGUUUUACUGGUGGCACCAGACGGCCGUACACAUCAUGGACUUCAGACACAGCCGGCCCUGUCUCAGCCGGACCGGCGGCAGAUAAGUGAACCUUUCCUCUUAACAUCACAAGAUUUUACCACAACCUUCAGUUGUUGCCUUCACCUUCUCUUGCUGUAAGUGCGAGGCGUCUAUGAUAUUGAUGCUGAGUGAUAAACAUUGACCGAUAUUGAAAACUCUCAGAGUUUUGUGACUGUGGCAUUGGAAAAUAAAUGAGGCACCUUCUGUUUUUACAUCAGUGAACAGAAAGUUGACUAUUAUUAUUAUUAUUAUAUUAUUAUUAGUAUUGACUAUUAUAUUAUUCAAUGCAUGAAGCUGAAGUGUUCAUUGUUUUGAAGAAACAAACUCAACUUUGAUGUUUUUAAAUGACAUAUUUUACAUUUGAUUAGGUUUUGUCUGUUUUUUGUGUAAAAGUUAUUUAAGAGGGGAUUAUUUGAAUCAAAUAUAACUGCCUGCAUGAAAUCUGCCUUCUUUUGCCUGAAUUUUUUAAACUUUUGUCUACUUCUUAUGUUUUUAUAAAAACUUUGGGAGGAUAAAUAGAAAUAUUGAUUUCACAUCCAAACAGGAAGUUUUAUCUUUAUCUUUGGCAUUCACAUGCACAGCAGUAUUUUAUCUGUGAACCUUAUUUUAUGUCUAAUUUAUCUGCAGUUGUCUCAUUAUGCUCUGAAUCAACUGGAACUAGUUUUAUAGCAUCUGUGUGAUUUGGAUAAGAAGGACUGCAACAUUUCACACAACUCAUUGCAUAUUCCAAAUAAAACCUUUUUCUGGUGAAGACGUCAAAAAAAUGAUGAUGUCGUUCCUGACUGUUCUUCCAUUUCUAAAAAUAAGACGGUCUCAAUUCACACGGAUGAAACACUGAACCAAAUUGCUGAAACACCCAUAGACAACCAGUAGGUGGCGACAACAUUAACAACACGAGAGUAUCUGUUGUAAUGUUCACACCUAUUCACAUGUGAGAAACUUGUAAUCAGAAAUAUCUUCUCCAAGUGAGAGCAGAAAUGAAUUUUAUUAGUUAAACAUGGCUGCUCGUGAAUCUUUUGUGGGGGCUUUUCUUUUUUGUGUGUCUCAUACAUUUCCUGUGGAAAAAAAAAGUGUGUGACGGCGUUAUAUCUGAAAGAAUCGUUUGUUUGUUAGUUGCUCUUCUUGUUUUUAAACUUAGUCCUUCCUCCUGAGGAUAAGUCAUGAGCAACAGAAUCAGUCACAGCAGAAUGAUCACUGAUCAUCAAACCAGACUGAUGCUGUAAUUUUGCUUAACAGUUUUGUUUUUCUUUUCACAAUUCAGCUGUAGCCUAAUGAACACAACAAUCACUCUAAGGUAAUCACUUAAAUAUGACAUUACGCGACUAACUCAGUCUGUAAGCAGGGCAUGAUGCUAAAAGUCUAUCUUUUUUAUUUUCCUCUACUGCCAACUAUAGGUUGAUGUUGAUCUGUAUUGUGUGUGCAUGGAGGAAUGCACAAUAUUAAUCUUUAAUAGCAACUGUAAGUUGGAUAACUUCAAAAAGAUCAUUUGAAUUGCAUGUUUGCACUUUAAGUGCAGUUCAGUUAUGUUUAUGCAUGCACCUUAGCUCUCCAUGUUUAAGUUGCAAACUGAAGAAUAUUUUUUUUAGGAUUGGUUCAAGUUUUAUCAAGAUUACUGAAAUAACAGACUAUGAAUGUAAACGACAAAUCAUUAUAGUAUUUAAGAUGAACACAGAAAUAUACCAAUGGAGAACCGCGCUGAAAUCUUUACUCUGUUUGAAAAGCUGAUGGAAGUUUUGUUGAUUUAAAUCUCUGGGUUUCCACUAAAUUAAACAAAAAUGCAAAUACAUCUCAGUUAAAAUACAGACAAGAUCAAAAAGAUCAGAUGUGGAAGAACAUGUUUUGUGUGUCCAGCAGCUUAUUUAUGUGUUCAUCUGCAAGGUAAAUGGAGCCCAGAAGACAAGUAAAAGCCUCUUCGCUUUUGCAAGCAUCAAUUACAGACUGAUUGGUAUAAAUUGUAAUAAUAUUGACCUUUUAAAAAUAAUUGAAUUUACUCUACAGCCUCUAAAAUCCUUUAAUUUCCGCUUUGUAAAACUUGUUUCCUUAUUCCUGCUUGAACGAGGCCAGUGGAAAACAGAAACUACCUAUGUUCAUUAUUUUUUUGCUCUUGCAUAAAAUGAGAUCUUAGUAGAACAAGCAUUAAAUGUUUUUAUUUUUGCACAUUUAGCCCUGUUCGUGUUUCAUUUGCCUUAUCUUUGAGUAACUGUACUGUGUUUUUACUGUUUCUCACAAACUAGAACAAAAUGUUUCUUUAACUUAAAAACCAUGAAAAUGAAUGCACUAUAAAAAACUCUUACUGCUGCAAACUGCAGAGCUGAAUUCAUGGACAGAUAGCAAAAUAAAUAACUGUCUUCCCAUACAAUGCAAACAGUUUUCUUGAAUGUUCUCUUGUGUGUUUAUAUUUCCUUGUGUUAUGAUGGAAAAAGCACUGAUCAAUGAGAUGAGAUGAACAUUUGUUUCAGUUCAUCUGUGAAAAAAUAUUUUUGAACAUUUGAACAAAUAAAGUGUUUAAG